CAUAGGCAGAUAGUAACCCAACACCCAUUAAAUUCACCAAAGAUAGGAUGGCAGAGAGACUCAGGUUAAUAUGAAAACCACAGGGAGACAAAUACUGGAAUAUAUUUACUUUACAAGCGUGUGUUGCAUUAAUCUUGCUACGACCUCAAAUCAUGAGAUCCUCAUCUUCCCGCCUAAGCUUUUCCUCUAAGGAACCCAUAUGGAACCGGAUGCCAGAUCAAAUAUCGGUGUCGGAGUUUCUGUCGGAAACAACAGAGGAUUACAAUUCUCCCACCACAUCCAGUUUCACCACCCGUCUGCAAAGCUGUAGGAAUUCAGUCAGCGUGUUAGAGGAGGCUUUGGAUCAGGAUAGAACUUCAUUACAGAAGGUCAAGAAGUCCGUCAAAGCCAUUUAUAACUCGGGCCAAGAUCAUAUUCAAAAUGAAGAGAUGUACGCUCAGGCAUUGGAUAAAUUUGGCAGUAACUUCAUCAGUCGGGAUAAUCCAGAUCUGGGCACGGCCUUCGUUAAAUUCUCCACUCUGACUAAAGAGCUCUCUGCCCUCCUCAAGAAUCUGCUCCAGAGCUUGAGUCAUAAUGUGACCUUCACACUGGACUCGCUGUUGAAAGGCGACCUAAAAGGUGUAAAGGGGGAUUUGAAAAAACCUUUUGACAAGGCCUGGAAGGACUAUGAAACUAAGUUUACCAAGAUUGAGAAGGAAAAGCGUGAACAUGCCAAGCAGCACGGAAUGAUCCGAACGGAGAUCACUGGGGCGGAGAUCGCCGAGGAGAUGGAGAAAGAGCGCCGGCUCUUCCAGCUGCAGAUGUGUGAGUACCUGAUCAAAGUGAACGAAAUAAAGACUAAAAAAGGAGUCGACCUCCUUCAAAACCUGAUCAAGUAUUACCAUGCACAGUGCAACUUUUUCCAAGACGGCUUGAAAACGGCAGAUAAACUCAAGCAGUACAUUGAGAAGUUGGCAGCUGAUCUUUACAACAUAAAACAAACACAAGAUGAAGAGAAAAAGCAGCUCACGGCACUAAGGGAUAUUAUUAAAUCUUCUCUACAGGUGGACCAAAAGGAGGACUCUCAGAGCAAACAGGGUGGCUACAGUAUGCACCAACUACAGGGAAACAAAGAGUUUGGCAGUGAGAAGAAAGGAUAUCUGAUGAAGAAGAGUGACGGAUUGAGGAAGGUGUGGCAGAGGAGGAAGUGCUCAGUUAAAGGAGGAAUUCUCACCAUCUCUCAUGCCACUUCAAACAGACAGCCCGUCAAACUCAACCUGCUCACAUGUCAGGUCAAGCCCAGUGCUGAGGACAGGAAGUGCUUUGACCUCAUUUCCCAUAAUCGCACAUAUCACUUCCAGGCUGAAGAUGAGCAGGAAUUUAUGAUAUGGAUCUCUGUGUUAACUAACAGCAAGGAGGAGGCGCUUAACAUGGCUUUCAGGGGAGAGCAGAGUGGAGGGGAUGAUGGGCUGGAAGAUCUUACCAAGGCCAUUAUUGACGAUGUGUUGCGGAUGCCCGGCAAUGAAGUGUGCUGUGACUGUGGGGCUCCAGAUCCCAAAUGGCUGUCGACUAACCUGGGUAUCCUGACGUGCAUCGAGUGUUCAGGAAUUCACCGGGAGAUGGGCGUCCAUAUCUCUCGCAUCCAGUCCAUGGAACUGGACAAACUGGGAACCUCUGAACUCUUGCUGGCCAAGAAUGUGGGGAACAGUAGUUUUAAUCAAAUAAUGGAAGGAAAUCUUCCUUGUCCCUCUCCUAAACCCACUCCUGCUAGUGACAUGACCGUGCGUAAGGAGUUUAUAAAUGUUAAGUAUGUUGAUCAUAAGUUCGCAAGAAAGACCUGCAGCUCAGCAGUGGCUAAGAUGAGUGAGCUGUAUGAAGCAGUCAAGUCACAUGACCUGCUAGCCCUCAUCCAGGUUUAUGCUGAGGGGGUGGAGCUUAUGGAACCACUACCUGAAGGAGGACAGGAAGGAGGAGAAACAGCAUUGCACUACGCUGUUAGGACGGCUGACCACACCUCACUGCAUCUGGUUGACUUCCUUGUCCAGAACAGUGGGAAUCUGGAUAAACAGACGGAAAGAGGAAACACGGCUCUGCACUACUGCUGCCUGUAUGAGAAACAUGAAUGCCUCAAACUACUGCUGAGGGGCAAACCAGCUACUGAUAUCACCAAUCAGAAUGGAGAGACGGCGCUGGAUGUGGCCAGGCGGAUGAAGAUCGGCCAGUGUGAGGAAGCGCUGGUACAAGCCGCUGAGGGAAAGUUCAAUCUGAAAGUUCAUGUGGAAUAUGAAUGGAAUCUCAGACUGGAGGAACUGGACGAGAGUGAUGAUGAUCUGGAUGACAAACCGAGUCCAAUAAAGAAGGACCGUUCUCCUCGGCCACAGAGUUUCUGUCACUCAUACAGUCUCUCUCCUCAUGACAAGCUCUCUCUGCCUGGUUUUAUUGGCCAGCGUGAUAAGCAACGGCUCUCAUACACUGCACUCACCAAUCAGAUGUACAGCGUUUCCACAGAUUGCCCCUCCUCCCCAGUCUCAGAUGCCCCGCCUCUUCCCCCUAGAAAUGCAGGAAAAGCCCCUCCCUUGUUGAACCUGCCCCCAUCCACCCUCACUCCUGCAUCACAGAGCCCUGGUAGUGGCAGCUCCUCCACCCUGUCUAAGAAGAGGCCCCCACCCCCUCCCCCUGGACACAAACGCACACUAUCUGACCCCCCUACCCCACUCUGUAAAGGAAGUGAUUCAACACCUUCACCCUUCAACAAGAUGUCUCCUGUAACUAACAGAUUUGAGGGCAUCCCACAACAGCAAAGUCACAACACCACAAAGCCCACACUUGGUCCACGGGUCCUUCCCAAACUACCUCAGAAGGUUGCCCUGCGUAAGAUUGACACCAUCCAUCAUCCAUCCAUGGAUAAAACAAAUCAGCCUCCUGAGCCAAUCAUGUUCCAGAAGACUCUGCAGAGCACUGACAACCCACAGAAAGUUCCGUUAGCUGACAAACCUCAACCUGGGGACAUAGCUCCUAAACCACAGCCUUCAGAAUUACCCCCUAAGCCAGGAGAACUUCCUCCUAAACCUCAGCUGUCUGACCUUCCCCCUAAACCCCAGCUGGGUGAUCUACCUCCUAAACCUCAGCUAAAAGACCUCCCGCCCAAGCCCCAACUGACUGACAUUUCCCCACCCAAACCUACAACCACUGAGCUUCUACACAAACCUCCACCUGGAGAAGUUGCCCCCAAGCCCCUGCCAUCAGAUAGUCCAACAGUCAUUCCACAAGAAGAACUGUCACCUCAACCUGUCCAGUCUAGUGAAGACACCAAUGGAAGUCCAACAUCUGCACAGGAGACACCUGUACCAUUGCCCAGGAAGAUAAAUCCGAUCAAAAGUAAAAUGCGAAGGGUGAAGACCAUUUAUGAUUGUCAAGCAGAUAACGAUGAUGAGCUGACGUUUGUUGAGGGUGAGGUCAUCGUGGUGACAGGAGAAGAAGAUCAGGAGUGGUGGAUCGGGCACAUCGAGGGGCAACCAGAGAGAAAAGGCGUAUUCCCGAUGUCAUUCGUUCAUAUCUUGUCUGAUUGACACACAGAUGUCGGCCCUCCACAUCCCAUCCAGCGUAAUAUCUCUGGCUAUGGAACACACUUGACUUAGCUGCUGAAUCAACAAUGCAAGUUUUAAGAAGAUGGAACCACAAUGAAUAAAAACACAUUUUCAACAUACUAUAAAUGGUGUCUAUCUUUACAGCUGUUACCCUUGCCGUUUUAUACAGUGUACCGUACUGCGGUUAGACUGCACCCACUUAAAAGACCAGCACUUUUCCCUCCACUGUUACUGUAUCUCUGUAUAUAAGGUUGUACAUAAAUUUGUGUGAGUGUUACACAAAGAUGAGUGUGUGCUUUUGUGUUAGUCUGAAAAAGUAAAUGUUUGAAUUGUACUCUACCUGCCACUAAGUCACAACUGUGGCCAGUUUUGUUCUAAGAAUUUGAAGUAUUAAUGUGGCCAUUGUUGAAAUCAUCUAUGGCAGGGACAAAUAUGUCAACUUCUCUUCCAGGUGAAAUAACUUUCCUGAAUGUCAGGAGUUCAGUUGUUUUUACUUUCACAUUUCCUAAUACAUCACUAAAGCAUGUCCAGGAGUGAAAUGUUAAUUUAAUAUGUUCCCCAUCUCAUUCUUGCUUUGUGUAAAUAACUUGUGCAAUGCAUACAGGAUUACCUGUGGUCAAAUGAUGCAAGGCCUCUCACCAGUUGCUCCUCUGUGAUCCCAGGUUUCAUUUACGCAAGUAGUUUUACUGAAGGACAGUGCUUUGUAAUUUAGUGGUGUUCCACAAACACGGUGGUCACCUUUUUGGUUCUUCAUCUUUACUAUUGUGACAAGCAUUUGAGGUUUUGGAUACUUGAAAAGUUUCUGCAGUUGUUCAUAGAUGUUAUAUUACCUAGUGGUAUAGACCGAUGUAAUGUAUUGCAAUUAGAAUCAAUGUUAUUUUAGUCUAUUAAAUCCCCAUGCUGCCAGUAACUGUUUUUAAAAUAAACCAUUUUACCA